AUGAGGAUUUUAAUACUAUUAUAUACGAUAUGUAUACUGAGACACUGUUCUUGUGGAGAUGUGAAUGAACCAAAGGGUACACCGGAUGUCUCUUCUGGGACCAUUGAUCAGCCAUCCCCCAAUACCACACAAGACACAAUCAAUGAGCAAAAUGCAGAAUAUAAAGACUCAUUAGAAUCAUCUAAAGAUGAAAAGACAACUUCAGAUGACUCAAAGGAGGAUUCUCCGAAUUUGUCUGGAAAAGAUGAGCCCAUACAAGAGACACAAAGGGACUCCUUAAAAUCGGAAGGGGGAGCCACAGGAAUCGGACGUGUUGUUAGACGGGACGCGAUACCUAUAAAUACUGCACAGGCUGUAUGGGAAACUGGUUUGAGGCAUCCAUCUGAUUCUCCGGAUGACCAAGAAGAUGGAGAAAAGGAGCGCAGAAGGCAAAUUGAACGGGUGAUGACCUCAUCAUCUCUUGAGAAAUUCUUGCAGGCCGAAGCCGCCAAAUCCAAAGCUGCAUCUACAUCUCCAGGUUGUACCCUGGACAUCGCAAAACUCAAUCCCUCCCUUUGCAAACUCCACGAAUAUUACUACGAUAGUCAUCACAUUGCAUUGAUUGUUCCCAAGGAGGAAGUUACUGUAACGGGACUCGUUCAAGCAAAGUUCCCGAUUUGGAUCGCUAAGCCUGGAGAGUUUUGUGAGUUUUCAAAACUCUACCUCAACAAGGACAAUAAACCUGACCUUGUACUUGUCGCAAAGAGGAGUGCAUCCGGAGUAUCUGCCAGGUGGUACGCAAAAUCCUUGGGUGUCUGGGUGAAAUGGAAAAAUGUUGAAGAGAGAAUAAACAAGCUGAGCACAUUUAUAGAUAGACCAGCUACGUUUGUAAUGAAUAUGGAUGAUACAGAUGACCUUCCACACUGCACAAUCUUUGACGCCAAGAUACUUGGAGCCCAGGCAAGGCUUUAUUUCCCUAAACCAGGUUAUUAUGCUACUGAGGUAAAGAGUGGAGAUGUGAGCAUAUGGAAGGCUGAGAAAGGUGAUAAAUGCAUGGCAUGCGAUCUUUACUCUAGGGAUGGAGAACCUUUGUUCGCUCUGAUUUCCAUUAGGAAUGAAGAGGGAAAGACUUAUAGGCGUUUUGGGAGAAGAGAUCAAGAGUGGAAUGAGAUGACUGAGAAGGAGUUUAAUGAAUUGCGCCAGGAACUUACAACCGUUAAGCUGGCUAAAAGUAGCACUACUGGUUUCAUAAUUACACCACCGACAUCUCCACCACCAUCUAGACAUUCUAGCAUCGAGGCCUCAGAAGAUACGCACGAAGCUGGAUCAAAGAAAGGAUUUGGGAGUCUUCGAAGGAUGUGGAAGGAACGGAGAGAGGAUAUCAGGAGUAUCUCAAAGAGAAUCCCAUCCAAGGAAGUGGUUGCUACAUAUGUUGGCAGGAAAGUGAAUACCUUUGGGAGGAGGAUAGAAUCCCUCAGAAGGUUCAGGAGACCUCCCCUAAGGGCUGUGACUGGGGAUAAGGAAGAUACGGAGGAGUUUGACCAGCUGGCUCUGAUAAAUACACAAAAAGAAGAUGCUACGGGGGUAUCAACACAGGGUGCUACUUUACCAGAUGAACAGCAGACAGAUGCCUCACAGACUACAAUAGACCUUUCCAAUCAAGACGGCCAAAUAUACAACUCAUUCUUUCACCACGGUGAAAGCAUCCCUACGGUUUUGAUUGUUCCAUGCACUGGUGUUUUUGUGAAUGAAAUCGUCAAUGGAGAUGAACGAAUAUGGAAGGCGGAGAAUGGAAUGUCCCUCGACUAUUCAAAGCUCUACAUGAACAGUGACAAUUCUCCAGAGCUUAUAUUUAUAAUUAGUAGCAACAAUAAAGGAUUGGACAAGAGACAUUUUGGACUUCAGAAUGGAAAAUGGGUGGACUGUUCAGAUACAUACAUUGACAGGCUGAAUGAUUUAAGAAUCGCCGUGGAUACUACAGUGGAUAUUACAAUAAAUGUGGAGGAUGCACAAGAUACUGAAAACUGCACGAUUUUUGAUGCGGAGAUAUGCAGAGUUCCUAUUCGUUCCUACAUUCCAAAUUUGGGCUUUAAUGCGAAUAAACUGGUCCACAAUGGAGAGAUACUAUGGACAGCUAGUGAAACUGAGGAGUUAAUUUCUUGCAUUGCAUACCUUAAGGAUGGAGAACCAUUUUUGAUUAUCAUAAAGAUGUUUGAUUCGGGAGAAAAGACUCAAAAAUGUUACGAGAAGGACGAGAAUGGAUGGAACGUUGUAGACAAGGCAACAUUUGACAAGAAGAGAUCUGAACUUAUACCGUAG